AUAAAUAGGAUAAUCGACGUUCAAAAUGGAAGACGAAUGGGAAGAAGAAUCGACAUUGGUUGUGGAGUUAUCUGGAGUUAUUGACAAAGACUUUUUGAUGAAAGACCAACAAGAAUGUCAUGUUCUGGGUAUUGACACCGAGAGACCACUGCUGCAGAUAGGAAGUUAUGUAUUUUCUGGCAAAUACGAAGACUCGCUCGGAACCUGUGUUCUGUUUGCAGAAAACUCACAAACAGAUUCUGCAUCUAAGAAGAAAAGCUUGCUAUCUGCAGCUUCAGGGCCCGCGAAGCUCAACUAUCUUUGUCAUACGAGAAAGAAAUUAAUCAUGCAGAGAGCCUUUUUGAACGAGAAAAAGAGCGAGGAAUCUGAAGAGCUCGUCAGUAAUGGUGAGACGGCAGCCAACAUGGAAGCUGAAGAAGCGGAUGAACCUCAAUACCCAGUAGAAAGCUCGUGGCCUAUAGGAUUUGAUUCUGGUAUAGACGUCAUGAGCUCCACAGAGGCGUCGAGCACCACACUACAGAAAAAACCAAGGUUCGAUCAAGAUGAACCGACUUGAUAGCUCAACAUGUAGUAGACAAGUGCAUUUGAAAUACUUUUGAAACAAAAACUGAAUUCGUGGUUGAACUUAUGCAAUGGAAACACCUGGACAAAGUUGGCUGAUGGGUUCAUGUUGAUGUGUAUCAGAUAUAUUUUUUAUUAAAGCUUGUGACAAUUAAAAAUUAUUUCACUUGAAACAUGAACAUUAUAUGAAGUGGAAGCUUGUUGAAUAUCCUGUAUUAACUGCCAGAGAGAACACAGAACAUGGAGGCCCUGUAAUUCGGUAAAAGGUGCUCUCAGGGUUCCAGUGCGGCCUGGCCUACUUUAACUUGUGAGAAAAAUGGCCUACUUCAGCUUGUGAGAAAAAUGGCCUACUUCAGCUUGUGCAAAAAUUGGCCUACUUCAGCUUGUGACAAAAAUUGGCCUACUUCAGGUUGUGAACAAAAUUGGCCUACUUCAGCUUCUGAGAAAAACUGGUCUGCUUCAGGUUCUGAGAAAAACUAGUGACGAGUAAAUUAACAAUUGGAUGAAGUUAGCCUAGUUUAAAAUUGUCGCUCUUGCCAAAAUGGGCAUUUGAGCCCUAGUUCUGUUGCAAGUACUACAGGCAAUCGUGUCAUGUGUUGACUUUAAUUAUUUUAAAAAUACAAUGUACUAUCUUGUGGUGUAUUCAAGAUAAUUCUGUUAAAAGUCCAACAGUCUCACCUUGUAACAAGAAUCGCAUUUAUAACAUGAUGGCUGUUUUAUAAAUUAUAUGUUAGUCAUGGUAGCAAAAUGUGUUAGAAUCAAAUGGCAAUAACUUCUCUUCUUUUUUCUUUUUUUUAUCUUGCUAAAUAAAAAAACUAAAACUAAAAA